AUGUCGCGAUCGAGAAUACUAAAUAAACGUUUGUACCAAGAUAUUGCUGGAUUGAAGCGUUUGAAUACAGAAGAUGCCGAAGUUCGAUUCAAAGUAGUACAGUCACCAUUCUCCGAUGAAGAAGACGACGACGACGACAUGCCCAAGAGUGUUGCGCAAAAAGAAUGUGGACUAAUUGGUCUAAUCUAUCCUCAAUCGAAUAUAUACAAAGACGUUGCAUUCAAAAUUAAAAUCAUAUUUCCUCAAACGUUUCCAAUGGUUCCGCCCACCGUCACUUUUGUUACUCCAAUCUAUCAUCCAAAUGUGACAGACAAAGGAGAGUUCUGUAAUGAACUGUUAACAAGAAACAGCAAGUGGUUAUCAACUACAUCUUUGCUCGAAGUUGUUAAAAUCGUUACUCAGCAUAUCGAUGAGCCUGAUUCUACUAAUCCGAUCCGAGCAGCUGUGGGUGUUGAGUACACAAAUAAUCGAGCUCAGUUCGAGAGCAACGCAAGAGAACACGCUUUAAAAUAUGGCGAACCACGUAAAUGA